AUGUCAGAAGCCGAUGCUAUUCUACAACGAUGUGUUAUUAUUGUGAAUUCAAAAACAAAUUAUGAUAAAUUAUAUGUGUGUCAGUCGCACUUCGAUCGUCUUGUAGGGUCAUUUAAUCCGAAUAAGCACAAAAAGUGUUACACAUGCAUUCCAACUGCACACAAUUCAACCAGUCCAAAUGCUACAGCUACACCACAUGAAACAAAUGAGAGGAAAUGGAAAGCUAAGAAAAGAGGCCUCAAAAAAAUUUCAUUACGUCUUGCUGUAUUCAUUCAUAAAGAUUAUCCCGAGGUCAGAAAUUCAUAUGGUGAGUGGAUAUGUCCUUCAUGUCGUCAACGAUGGCAUGGUGCCGUUUCUCGCAUCGAAGAGGAAUCUUCAAGUGAGAAUGAUGAUGAUG